AUGUUGUCGAAACAUCAGAUUACUCUGAACGCUUCACUGAUAAGCGCCGCUUUGUGCUUUUGGGAUAGCACUUCAAACUCGUUUGCCUUUGGCCCUGGGCCCAUGACUCCCACUAUUCUGGACAUGGAGGCCCUGUUUGGCUUUAGACCCCACGGGCUUAGUAUCAAUGCCUUAACUUAUUUUGAAAUGAAGAAUCGGAAAGUUAUGGUACCAAUGAGGGCUAGUGCGUCCGAAAUUAUGCGUCUGAAGAUGUAUUCGGGCUUCGUGAUGACCUAUCAAGGUAUGGAUGAUCCAAAUCAAGAGCACAUGAUGUUUCUGCUCUUUUGGUUGAACAAAUUCGUUUUUCCUCAAGCUAAUGAAGUCGUGAGAACUGAGUUUAUGCAUUUGGCUGAGGCUCUUCACAAUGAAUCAGACUUGGCGACCGGGCCUUUUAUGUUGGCGUCGCUAUACCAUUGUCUUCAUCGGAUUACUGUUGAUUCGUUCAACUUGAAUGUAUGCAGCCCUAUCUGGAUGCUUCAGAUGUGGCUGGAGUGGUACUUUCCGGAGCUGGGGAGUGCAGGCUCGGAAUCUUUGGAACCCUCAAUAUGCGAGUCGUCAGUUUGGGCUUGUUCAGGCCAUUCCUGA